AUGGUCGAAAAAGAUUCUAAAAUUGAGUAAUAGAGACGAUGACGACGACUCUCCUCAUGGCUUCGCUCAUCGUAAGCUUUCUACUUAUCUUAUACUCCACCACUAUCGUCGUUGCCUCAUCAGAAUCUCGGUGUCGGCGUUACAAAUCAAUCAUCAGCUUCGGUGACUCCAUUGCUGACACCGGAAAUUAUCUUCGUCUCUCCAACGUCAAAAAUCUUCCUCAAGCCGCAUUUCUUCCUUACGGGGAAAGCUUCUUCCAUCCUCCAUCCGGCCGUUACUCGGACGGCCGUCUCAUUAUAGAUUUCAUUGUCGAAUUCUUGGGACUACCUUACGUUCCGCCUUACUUCGGAUCCCAAAACGUGAGCUUCAAUCAAGGGAUAAAUUUCGCUGUGUAUGGAGCAACCGCCUUGGAUCGUGCCUUUCUUGUAAAACAAGGAAUUAAAUCUGACUUCACCAAUAUUAGUCUAAGUGUUCAGCUUAACACCUUCAAGAAGAUUUUACCUAACUUAUGUGCCUCGUCUACUCGUGAUUGCAGAGAGAUGCUUGGAGACUCGCUGAUACUCAUGGGAGAGAUUGGAGGAAACGACUAUAACUACCCAUUUUUCGAAGGCAAAAGUAUCAAUGAAAUCAAAGAGCUUGUUCCUCUGAUCAUCAAAGCUAUUUCUUCUGCAAUUAUGGAUUUGAUCGAUUUGGGAGGAAAAACAUUCUUGGUGCCCGGAAACUUCCCAAUAGGAUGUUCCGCAGCAUAUCUUACUCUAUUUCAGACCGCGACAGUAGAACACGACCCUUUUACAGGUUGUAUCCCAUGGCUUAACAAAUUUGGAGAGCUCCAUAACGAACAACUUAAGAUAGAACUCAAACAACUCCAAAAACUCUACCCUCAUGUCAACAUCAUUUACGCCGACUACUACAACUCUUUGUACUGGUUUUUCCAAGAACCAGCCAAAUACGGUUUUAAGAACAGACCUUUGGCUGCUUGUUGUGGAGUCGGAGGUCAAUACAACUUCACCAUUGGUAAAGAGUGUGGAGAAAACGGAGUUAGCUAUUGUCAAAAUCCUUCUGAAUAUGUGAAUUGGGAUGGUUAUCAUCUAACCGAAGCCACCUACCAGAAAAUGGCUCAGGGUUUACUCAACGGUCCCUAUACAACUCCUGCUUUCGACUGGUCCUGCCUUGGCUCUUAUGAUUCAGUGGAUAAAGAUGAUAAGUUAGUAGUGGCUCCGGUCUUUGCAAGAAAGAAGAAGAGAAAAUAUGGAAGAAUUGCAGAGAAUUGGAAGGAAUCUUGGAUUAAUCUCGAUGUCGGCAAUAUAAAUCGAUCAUCAGCUUCGGUGAUUCCAGCGCCGACACUGGAAAUUAUCUCCAUCUUUCCGACGUCAAUCAUCUUCCUCAAUCCGCAUUUCUUCCUUAUGGCGAAAGCUUCUUCCAUCCUCCCUCCGGUCGUUACUCGGAUGGCCGUCUCAUCAUCGACUUCAUUGGGACUACCGAACGUACCAUAUUACUUCGGAUCCCAAAACGUGAGCUUUGAUCAAGGGAUCAAUUUCGCGGUGUAUGGUGCAACUGCAUUGGACCGAGCGUUUCUUGUGGAAAAAGGAAUUGAAUCUGAUUUCACCAAUGUUAGCUUAAAUGUUCAGCUUAACAUCUUCAAACAGAUUUUACCUAACCUUUGCACCUCGUCUUCUCGUGAUUGUAGAGAGAUGCUUGGAGACUCGCUGAUACUUAUGGGAGAGAUUGGAGUGAAUGACUAUAACUACCCGUUCUUUGAAGGCAAAAGUAUCAAUGAAAUCAAAGAGCUUGUUCCUCUAGUCAUCAAAGCUAUUUCUUCUGCGAUUGUGGAUUUGAUUGAUUUAUGGGGCAACACAUUUCUGGUCCCCGGAAACUUCCCAUUAGGAUGUUAUCCCGCGUAUCUUACUCUAUUUCAGACCGCGGAAGAAGAAGACUACGACCCUUUUACAGGUUGUCUACGAUGGCUCAACGAAUUUGGAGAGCAUCACAACGAACAGCUCAAGACAGAACUCAAAAGACUCCAAGAACUAUAUGAUCAUGUCAACAUCAGUUAUGCCGACUACUACAAUUCUUUGUUCCGGUUAUACCAAGAACCAGUCAAAUAUGGGUUUAAGAACCGACCUUUGGCUGCUUGUUGUGGAAUCGGAGGUCAAUACAACUUCACUAUUAAUGAAGAGUGUGGACACAGAGAAGUUAGCUAUUGUCAAAAUCCUUCUGAAUAUGUGAACUGGGACGGUUAUCAUUUAACCGAAGCCACACACCAGAAGAUGGCUCAAGUUUUACUCAACGGUCCUAUGCAACACCUGCUUUCGACUGGUCCUGCUUUAGUUCUGGAUCAGUGGAUAAAGAGUAUUCUUUCAGCAGUUAAAAUUCGGGGUUGGUGAAAAAAAAGGAAGUAUAUAUGUGGUGAUGUUGAAUUGGUGAAAAUUAAUAAGAACAGGUUCCUUAA